UCCCCUCCUCCCACGAUUCACUGCUGUCCUCCUGCGAAGGUCGGGGGUCGAGGGUCACAGGACGCUGCGUUUGAGGGUCAGCAGACUGUAGGAAAGUCAGACGCUGUGUCAGAUUGUGGAGUUGAAAAUAACCACCAACCAGAACCAGAACCACCACACACAACCAGAACCACCACACAGAACCACCAACCAGAACCAGAACCAGACCUAAACUCCAUUAUUUUAAUGUAAACUGGGUUUUGGUCGUCGGUCUGAGUGUUUAGUAAAGUAAUGUAACUAUUAGUGUAACUAGUUACUGUUGUCAGGGAGUAAUGAGUAAUAGAUUACAUUUUACAGUAACUGAGUCCACAGUGAUAAACAGCCUUAGCAACAGUAACCAGGGGGCGGGGCUUAGUGGACCCACGAGACGUUGUGUUAUCGCGAGAACAGGAACCGGAUGUGGUCCGAACCAGAUCCUGCAGGGCUCUUAAAUCCCGGCCGAAGCUCCGAGGACACAGACCAGAACCAGAACCAGAACCAGUACCAGUACCAGAUCCAGGACCAGUACAGGAGCGGAAUGGAGGAGAACCAGGACCCGGAGCAGCGGAGCGGACAGACUGCAGACUCGUCCUCUGAUUCUGAUCCGGAUCCGGAUCCCACCGGAGUCCAGAAACAGAGCGGAGGUCAAUGCGGUGAUAAAUCCACGUCAUUAAGGAAUCAAAAGAGACGCAACGCUGCAGGGAAACCAUACAGCUGUGACCAGUGUGGGAAAACGUUCCAACGUAAGAAUCACCUAAAAACCCACCAGAGUGUUCACACUCUAGCGAAACCACACAUCUGUGACCUGUGUGGGAAAGGUUUCUCUAGAGCCGGUACCUUAAGAAUCCACCGACGCAUUCACACCGAAGAGAAACCGUACAACUGCGACCAGUGUGGGGCCGCCUUCGCACACAAACUUCACUUCAUUGUCCACCAGCGCACGCACACCGGGGAGAAACCGUACGCCUGUGACCAGUGCCCGAAAGCCUUCAGUACGUCAAGUGACCUUAAGAAGCACCGAAGCAUUCACUCUGGAGAGAAACGGUACAGAUGUGAUGUGUGCGAAAUGGCGUUCACGAGGCGAAGCACCCUCAUACGCCACCAACGCAUUCACACUGGAGAGAAACCCUACUGGUGUGAUCUGUGCGGGAAAAUGUUUGCUCGAGGGAGUAUCCUCGAAGCCCACCGUCGUCUUCACACUGGAGAGAAACCGUACUGGUGCGAACAAUGUGACAAAACAUUUACGAACAACAGUUCCCUUAAAUACCACGAACGCAUUCACACCACCUCGCUCUGAUUCUGAUUCCUUUAACUACACAAACAUUGCAGCUGUUUUUAAAUUACUAGGGUAAGACACGUCUUUAACUUUAGUUUCAGAGUUUCCUCUUGAGGUUUUCUAACUGAUAUUAGUGCUUUUACUUCAGUAGAGGGUCUGAUUGUGCUGCACCCACAGCCUAACUACACUGUGUGAAACCAGCUGAGCCUUAAAGGAAUGUGAGUGUCCAAUAAACGCUGACUGUGAAUUACAUGACCAUUUAUAAGCGAGUGCUGUCUUGUACUGUCAAUAAAAACUGUAAGAUUAUCUCUUAAAACGAGUGUUUUUAGCUGAGCGUAGGAGCAAACUGCAGGUGAUGCAAAUUUCUGUAUUUAUUAAAUGCUUCCCCUCAGACGGACACAAUGAAGAAUUCAGAAAUAUUUUUUAAUGAAACUGGGUAAGUGAUUUUUUUUUUUUACAGCAUCGUUAUUUUAGCUUUUCUUGUUUUCUGGAGUUAUUUUAUAUUUUUGUGGAAAUUUUGAUUUCAGGACUGUUUAGUUUCUUUGUGUUUUAUGUCUUCUAACAUGUUGAGCGUCUUGGAAAUUUAUUAAAAUGAGCAAAUAUCUCAGCGAUCUUUUGACCGUCCAGUCUGUUUUCUUUCUGGAGCUGUGAGCAGAAUUCUCACAAAAGCCCAGUGAAAAAAUGUCUUGUUGUGGUUGAUAAAUACACAAAGCAAUGUUAACUGUACGUGUAACAAAGAGUUUCUACUGCUAAAGGGUGAGAACAUGUUUUUUAUUUAAAGUAAAACUCUACUUAAUUUGUUACAUUUGGUCAAAAUCAUGUUCCAGUCAGAUGGAAACUUGUUGUAAACUGUCGUCUGUUCACUGGAGAGUACUCAGCAGGAAGUGUCUCAUAAACUAUAACAUAAAAUACUAGACCUACCAGUAAAUAAAUUAUAGGACAGUUUGUCAGCCAGUGCUGUCCUGUAUUGUCAAGAAAACUCCUGGAAAAUGAUUUCUUAAAAAGAGUGGGAAUCCAUUAAAAUGUUAACCCAUGUCUGGUUGUAAGACGGCUUUACCGAAUACCGUCAGCAACAACAGUCCGAGUUCUCUCUGUGAGAACCAGUGGAACCAGUUCAGUGUGGCGUCUUCUAGACUGUAAAUAAAGGAGUAUUUUAUGUUAGUGAAUCUUCUCAGCCGUUCACUGACUAAAGAAUCCAAACUCUUCAAACAGACAGUCUGUACUGAAGCUGAAUGAUGUUCAUGCUGUUUAUAGUCUGCGGUUGAGGUUUACUUUGUUUGUUCUUUAUCAGCACUGAAGAGAGGUUUGUAUCGGUUAGCCACAACCAACCAGAACAAGUCAAAGUUUCCAUCAGACAGCUUUGUGAAACCUACAGAACCACAGCAGAACAACAAGAAUAAAGUUUAUUGAUCCAAAAACAGAAAUAUUAACAACAGCAAUAUGCUUACAUUAAAUAUAAAACAGCUGAUAGUUAUUAUUAGAUUCUGUUCAGAAAUAGAAGAAUGACAGUUUAACAUAAUGAGUAAUAUCUUGUUCUUGUGCAUCCUGCUGAAAUACUUUUAAAACUUAAAUAUAAUAUAAAUAUAAUAAUAAUAACUUUUUUUUUUUGCACCAAAAAACACAAAUAAAGAAUACAUAAAUGUGAGUUGUUUGUCUGUUUGUAGCUGCAUGAGUCUAAUUAUACUUUAAAGAUAACACAAUGAAAGUAAUGGAAGUACUGGGAGUCUGUGGGGACCAGUUAGAGGCCAGCUGGACAUCAGUGGUUGGACUGGUUGAAGGUGUGAAGGUCUACCUCAGUGAAGAGUAGACGACCUCUGGCUCUGCUGGAAACUCUGAACACAAACAAACAAACUCAAUGAGAAACAACACACAACAACUUCUACCCUGACGAGCUCUCAGGAACUGCUGACUGCUGUCAAACUCCAGAUUCAAUCAGGUUGCAUUAAUAUUGAAUGAAUGUUUAACAUAAUAAAGACUUUAGUGAAA